ACUCUGCAGCUCAGCUCUGCCCUGCCCUGAGGGGGACGGGGGAGGGGCGGGAGGCCCCUUCACAGAAGAGCUUGUGUUUGCCUGGGAACAAUGCUCCCAGCCCUUGGGGUGUGCCCUGGUCCGGCUGAGGGUGGAACCCCUAGAUGGGCCUCGGAGUCACCCCGCCGCGGGAUCCCGGUGUCCGCCCGGCUGGCGGCAGCGGGCCUGCUGCUAGCCGUGCUGAGCGUGCUCGGCGGCUCCCCGCGGGCCCCAGGUCUGAGCAUGGCAGAAGGGGACACCUUGGUAUCAGUGGAUUACGAAGUUUUUGGGAAGGUGCAAGGGGUGUUUUUUCGCAAGUACACUCAGGCUGAAGGUAAAAAACUAGGAUUGGUAGGCUGGGUACAAAACACUGACCGUGGCACAGUGCAAGGACAACUGCAAGGGCCCAUCUCCAAGGUGCGCCAUAUGCAGGAAUGGCUUGAGACAAGAGGAAGCCCCAAAUCGCAUAUUGACAGUGCAAACUUCAACAAUGAGAAAGUCAUCUUAAGGUUGGAUUACUCGGAUUUCCAAAUUGUGAAAUAAUGUCCUGAAUUUUAAUUUUCCAAGAUAAACUUAGAAGGCUGGACAGAGCUAUCUUGUGUUCAAUAUUUGUCAGUAAGUUGUUUUAGUAUAAAUAUUUGGCUGUUUAAUAUGCAACUGUACAAUUCUCAAUAAAAUCACCUAAGAAAUUUU